AUAACAGAAAUAACUGCAAAACCAAACGAGGAAAAGAAAUCUCAAACCAGAAACAGAGUCCAAUUAUCCAAAACCGGGUGGUGUGUUUACUUCUGGUCUUGUUUUUUUAUUUCCAAUGGCGAAGAAAGCGAUGAAGGAGGAAGAAGAGAAGCGAAACUCAUCGAUGCAAUCAAAGUACAAAGGCGUGAGGAAGAGGAAAUGGGGAAAAUGGGUAUCGGAGAUCAGACUUCCCAACUGCAGAGACCGAAUCUGGUUAGGCUCUUACGACACGCCGGAGAAGGCGGCGCGUGCCUUCGACGCUGCUCAGUUUUGUCUCCGCGGCGGAAAUGCCGGUUUCAAUUUCCCCGAUCAUCCACCGUCGAUCUCCGGCGGAAGGUCGUUAACGCCUUCGGAGAUUCGGGAAGCGGCUGCUCGUUACGCCAACGCACAGGAGGAUACUAUUAACCGGGGAGAAGAACCGGGUUUAUUCGAAAUCCGGCCAGAGUCUCCUUCAACCUCCGCAUCUGAAGUGGCUUCAUCGUCUGUGACGACUCUGGAUUGUGAUCUGUCGUCGUUCUUCGAUAUGCCUCCGGCGGAUUUCGGGAUAUUUCCCGGGUUUGAUGACUUCUCCGACGAUUUCUCUGCUUUCCCCGGCGAUCAAUUUACAGAGAUUUUGCCCAUUGAAGAUUACGGAGUCGAGAAUUUUGAUGGGUCUUUGUUUCUUUGGGAUUUUUAAAAUUUCCAAACGAAAUUUUGUAAAGAGCGAUUUUUGGAUUCUUCGGGUCAUCACUCAUCAUGGAGUAAUCUCGAGAUUUUUGUAAAACGGAGCUCCAACGACCCGGGAAUUUGUUACGUUUCGGACAUCAUGUCAUUCCUACAUUUUUUCAUUUUUUUAUUGCUGUAAGAAUAUCUUCGAAUAAUAUGUAACAAUUUCAUGUUUCGAUCAAUUAUUUGGAAGAUAUUA